GCUCAUCAUCUCCGUCUCAGUCCACUCUUCCUCUCUCUCUCUCUCUCUCUGUAAUGAGUAUUAAUGAUUUAAUAUAGAGAAUACAAAUGAGGCCAAAGUGUAAUGAAUAUCAGAGCAUGCCAGUGGUCAAGCUGCAGUUUGCUAGAAGCUGCAGAGUGAGUGGUCUCGGAGCAUUUCAGAAGAUCAAAUCCAGCAGGUACAGUCGCAGACAUGAAGAACGGCAUGAUGACCCAUGCUAAGAAGCUCAUGAUGAGGAUGAAGAUAAAGAACGAGUUGGCCAGGCAAUGUCUGGGCGAGAUCAUUGGAACCUUUGUUCUUCUGCUAUUCGGCUGUUCUGGGGCAGCGCAGGUGAAGACCGGGCGUGAUAUGAAGGGUCAGUUCCUGUCAGCUAACCUGAGCUUCGCUGUGGGGGUCAUGUCCGCCAUGUACCUCUGCAUGGGAGUGUCGGGAGCUCAUCUGAACCCUGCAGUGUCUCUGAGCUUCUGUGUGUUGGGUGAUCUUCCUUGGAAAAAGCUUCUGCCUUACUCUCUGUCUCAGGUGCUUGGGGCCUACCUGGCCUCCGCAGUCGUCUUUGUCAUGUACUACGACGCUAUAAUGAACUACGGCGGUGGAGUUCUGACUGUAUUCGGCCCAAACGAAACUGCUUCCAUCUUUGCCACGUACCCCACUGAAGGGGUGUCCCUGCAGACCAACAUUUUUGACCAGGUGGUUGGUACGGCCACGCUGUUGCUGUGCAUCCUGCCUCUGAAUGAUAAGAGGAAUCGGCCUGCUCCUGAGGCUCUGCUGCCCCCCAUUGUGGCCACUGUUGUUUUAGGCAUAGCCAUGUCCAUGUCCUCCAACUGCGGCGGAGCAAUAAACCCCGCCCGUGACCUGGGGCCACGCCUCUUCACUCUCACAGCCGGCUGGGGCGUUGAGGUCUUCACGUGCUUCGAUUACUUCUUCUGGGUGCCGCUCGUCGCUCCUCUGGUCGGCGCUGUGCUGGGCUCCUUUUUCUACCAGGUCUUCAUCCAGUGGCACCUUCCAGAACUUGAGCCAGAAAACAACGGUCAAACUCAGCUCACAGAAUCUACGGAUGAGGAGCCACUGGAGGAGAAGGAGGUGUUUCACAUCAAAGUGGCGGCCUUGUAGCGAAUACUAUAAAUAAUGCACAUCAUCUAGCCUUUCAUUUAUCUUUGAGAAACCAAGCAAACUUGGUAUCAAAGAUACCAUAACAAACUUGUUGUUCACAAACUUGUGAAACUUGUUGUUUCACUACUGUCUUAAACAAUUUAUGAGGAGCCGUUUCAUCCCAAUGUCUACAGUGCAUCCGGAAAGUAUUCACAGCGCUUCACUUUUUCCACAUUUUGUUUUGUUACAGCCUUAUUCCAAAUUUAAUUAUAUUAA